UCGGAACGUCCGAUCUCGAACGCUCGCGGGGACCACUUUUGGUGCUCUCGUUGAGGGCAGCCUCGAACAGCAGACAAAGUGAAGUCCAAGCGGGGAACGGGGCCGGAGGCCCAAAUAUCCAGCAUGACACUAGCACAUGAGGAAAGUCGAGCGGCUUCCAAAGAACGCCUGUUUCCGUUUGACGAUGUGCUGGACGGUCUAUCCCAGCUAACUAAUGGAGACGAUUUUUCGCUUUUCGAGCUGCCGUCAACGGUACCCACCUCAAAUUCCGCGCAGAGCACAACGGCUAACGUCAGUCUACCCUCAGCAAGCGACAUGGAUGACCUCUGGACCCCUACUCUGGCGUCAUCGUGUCCUGCAGAACUCGCGAUGGUCAAAAGUGAAUCUUCGUCAUGCGAGUUCUUCACCGAAAGUGAUCUCAAAAGCAUCGCCAAGGAACGACAGAAGAAGGAUAAUCACAACAUGAUCGAAAGACGGCGGCGUUUCAACAUCAACGACAGGAUAAAGGAAUUGGGAACGUUAUUGCCGAGGAACACAGAUCGCCACUACGAAUUGGUUCGAGAUAUUCGUCAGAAUAAGGGAACUAUUUUGAAAGCGACGGUAGACUACCUGAAGACGCUCAAGCAGGAAAACGAGCGCAUGGGCGCGAUUGAAGAGAAGCAAAAGUACCUCGAAAAUCAAAACAAGCAAUUGAUGGUCCGAAUCCACCAACUUGAAGUUCAGGUUGCAAACGCGCAAGGACCUGUCACAACAUCGACGGCCAUGGUACGUUGUUCGUCGCCAACGCCCUCCCCUUGGACGUCGGAGUUCUACGUCAAACGAGAACCAUCAGCUGAUGAUCCGAGUAGUCCUUCGUCAGGCAUGGGGAGCUCGAGUCCUGGCACAACCUGCACCCUACUCACGGGAACCUAUGAUGAAAUGAUGGUCACGGAGGAAGGAUCCGAUCCCUUGCUAUCAUCAAUAAUUAAUUAGCGAAAAGACCCCGACCAGGAACAGCGGGGUGCUGUAAAUUCAGUGGAACCUAGGUAAAGAGUCGGAGCGGUGAAAGUACUAGUCGUG